AUGGCGGGAGAGAGCUUGAGGUCGUGGGUUUCGGACAAAUUGAUGGUGGUGUUAGGCUAUUCGCAACCUGCUGUUGUUGACUAUCUCAUUGCUAUGGCGAAAAGCUCAAGAUCACCUUCUGAGCUAGUCUCUGAGCUGCUGGAUUGCGGGUUUUCAUCCGAUGAUGCUCUUGCUUUUUCACAAGACCUUUGUGCAAGGCUUCCUCGCAAAGCUGCUGAUUUUCAUCAGGAAGAUGAAGACGAGGCUGCAAGACUAGCAAAGAAGCAAAAGACAUACAUGCUCAUACAUGCAGAUGUUGAUCAAGUCACUGUGGAGAACAAAUCUUCUGAGUCUAGAAAGCCUGACAGAGGUAAUAAAAAUUUCAGGAGAAAAACUGUGAAUUCAGAAGAUGAAGAUAACGAGAUGGAUGUUAGAGAAGACGAUAGUCGUGUAUCCCAGGAGGAUGGAUCAGAGUGGGAAGAGGAUAGAUUGCAAGACCAGAGGGAGAAAGAGGAGCUGGAACGACAUAUCAGACAACAUGAUACCACGCAGACUCGAAAGGUAUCGGAGCCCAGCAUGUCGAGAAAAGAGAAAGAAGAGGCUGUUCGAAGAGCCAAUGCUUUGGAAAGGAGUGACAUUGCAUCAUUAAGGAAAACCUCAAGACAAGAAUAUUUGAAGAAAAGGGAACAACAAAAACUGGAAGAACUGAAGGAUGAGAUAGCAGAUGAGCAAUAUCUUUUCGGAAGUGAAAAGCUCACACAGAAAGAAACUGACGAGUUUAGACACAAGAAGGAGCUUUACGAUCGUGUGAUCAAAAGAACACCUGAAGAUGAUAAUGCUGAUGAGUAUGUUAUGCCAAAUGCUUAUGAUCAAGAUAGAGGCGUUGACCAGGAGAAGAGAUUUUCUGUUGCUGCACAUCGAUAUAAGGACAUGGAUUCGAGGAAAAAAAUGAACCCCUUUGCUGAGCAAGAAGCUUGGGAGGAUAAUCAGAUUGGAAAAGCAACAUUGAAAUUUGGUGCAAAGAACAAGCAAGCCUCUGAUGAUUAUCAGUUUGUAUUCGAGAACCAAAUAGACUUCAUAAAGGCAUCUGUGUUGGCCGGUGAAAAUUGUGAAGAUGAGAUGCUUCCAGUAGCAGGUCAAACUAAUUCGACAAAGUCAGCUUUUGAGAUGCUUCAGGAGGACAGGAAAAAUCUGCCAAUCUAUCCAUAUCGUGAUGAACUGCUUAAGGCUAUUGAAGAUCAUCAGGUUCUUGUCAUUGUGGGGGAAACUGGUUCAGGAAAGACUACACAAAUACCACAAUAUCUUCACGAAGCUGGUUACACCAAACAUGGGAAGGUUGGCUGUACGCAGCCUCGAAGGAUCGCAGCUAUGAGUGUAGCUACGCGUGUUGCUCAUGAGAUGGGUGUCAAACUCGGUCACGACGUUGGAUAUUCUGUUCGAUUCGAGGAUUGUACUUCAGAGAAAACGGUCCUCAAGUAUAUGACUGAUGGAAUGUUGUUGCGUGAGCUACUUGGGGAACCAGAUCUGGCCAGUUACAGCGUCAUUAUUGUGGAUGAGGCGCAUGAAAGAACUCUGUCAACGGACAUUCUAUUUGGAUUAGAUAUGGCACGGCUUCGACCAGAGCUGAAGUUAUUGAUAUCCAGUGCAACAAUGGAUGCAGAGAAAUUCUCUAAUUACUUUGACGCUGCCCCAAUCUUUAAAUUCCCUGGAAGAAGGUAUCCUGUUGACAUCAGCUUCUUACCUGCACCUGAAGCUGAUUACAUGGAUGCAGCAAUAGUGACUGUUCUUCAGAUACACGUAAGCGAGCCGCUUGGAGAUAUAUUGGUCUUCCUCCCCGGCCAAGAGGAGAUUGAAAAUGUAGAAGAGACUUUGAAGAGCAAGAUAAGAGGUUUUGGUACAAAGAUCCGUGAGCUCAUUAUAUGCCCUAUCUAUGCAAACCUUCCGAGCGAGGUCCAGGCAAAAGUAUUUGAACCAACACCUGAAGGUGCUCGUAAAGUAGUCCUAGCAACCAACAUUGCUGAAACGUCACUUACCAUUGAUGGUAUCAAGUACGUUGUGGAUCCAGGCUUUUGCAAGAUCAAGUCGUAUAACCCGAGAAAUGGGAUUGAGUCUUUGCUUGUAACUCCAAUCUCCAAGGCCUCUGCGACGCAGCGGUCUGGCCGAGCUGGAAGAACAGGCCCGGGGAAGUGUUUUCGGCUGUACACAGCUUUUAAUUACCAGAAUGACAUGGAGGACAAUACAGUGCCAGAGAUACAAAGGACGAAUCUUGCUAGUGUUGUCCUUGCUUUGAAGAGUCUUGCAAUUGAUGAUCUGUUGCACUUUGAUUUCAUGGACCCUCCUCCUGCGGAAGCUCUCGUCAAGGCUUUGGAACUGCUGUUUGCUCUAGGUGCUCUGAAUAAACUAGGUGAGCUGACAAAAGUUGGGAGAAAGAUGGCUGAGUUUCCACUUGAUCCCAUGUUGUCAAAGAUGAUUGUUGCUUCAGAGAAAUACAUGUGCUCUGAUGAGAUCAUCUCUAUUGCUGCAAUGUUGUCUGUGGGAAGUUCUAUCUUCUACCGUCCCAAGGAUAAGCAAGUUCAUGCUGACAAUGCUAGGAUGAAUUUCCACACCGGAGACGUCGGAGAUCACAUUGCGUUGCUAAAGAUUUAUAGUUCUUGGAAAGAAACAAACUACUCGACUCAGUGGUGCUACGAGAACUACAUUCAGGUGAGGAGCAUGAAAAGAGCAAGAGACAUCCGUGACCAAUUGGAGAGACUUCUUGAGAGAGUGGAAAUAAAAGUUACUACUAACUUAAAUGACUUGGAUUCAGUAAGGAAGUCCAUCGUAGCAGGUUUUUGCGCACAUAGUGCUAAGCUAGAGAAGAACGGAUCAUAUCGAACUGCAAAGCAUCCUUUGACAGUGCAUAUAUAUCCAAGCUCAGGCUUAUCUAAAGUUCUACCGAGAUGGGUUGUGUACCAUGAACACGUCCUUACCUCUAAGGAAUAUAUGCGACAGGUAACCGAGCUAAAACCAAACUGGCUGGUUGAGAUAGCUCCUCACUACUAUCAGCUUAAGGAUGUUGAAGAUGGUGCAUCAAAGAAAUUGCCUUCAGCAAUUGGACGAACUCCAGCGUAG